CCGAGCUCGCCAUGGAGGAUCUCGCCUCUGACCUCUGACUGCGAUGGAGUCCCCGUGCUGAGGCCCUGCGCUCGAACGCUUUGGGAGAGUGCGUGUGAUGUGUAGUGAGAGUGGUUGUGCUUUCGCGUGACACACUGUGGAAUAGUGUCGGAAUUCCUUGGGAGGAUGCUAGCAGCCGCAGGCGUCGAAGGCCAAGGACUUUAGGAUGAAGGACUGUCCGAGUGAGGAGAAGGGAAGCGCCGUGCCAAAUGACACGCUCUGCAGAAGGACUCAACAGAAGGAUCUCCUGUGAAGAUUGAGACUAUUAUAAGUUUUUUGCGAUCCCGGGUGUCUUCGCGCCUGAUGGAGAAGUACGAGAAGCUGAGCAAGAUCGGAGAGGGCUCGUACGGCGUCGUCUACAAGUGCCGCAACCGGGAGACGGGGCAGCUGGUCGCCAUCAAGAAGUUCGUCGAGUCUGAGGACGACCCCCUCAUCAAGAAGAUCGCGCUCAGGGAGAUACGCAUGCUCAAGCAACUAAAGCAUCCCAACCUCAUCAAUCUCAUCGAGGUGUUCAGGAGGAAGAGGAAACUCCACCUCGUCUUCGAAUUCUGCGACCACACCGUCCUCAACGAGCUGGAGAAACACCCCAAAGGUUGCCCCGAACACAAGACGAAGCGCAUCAUCUACCAGCUGGUCCAAGCCGUCAAGUUCUGCCACGCCGCCUCCUGCAUCCACAGAGACGUCAAGCCAGAGAACAUCCUUCUGACCAAGGAAGAUGUCGUCAAGCUGUGUGACUUCGGCUUCGCUAGAAUGCUCAGCCCGGGCGAGAACUACACGACUACGUGGCGACCCGGUGGUACCCGCGCCCCCGAGCUCCUGGUGGGGGACACGCAGUACGGGCCCCCGGUGGACGUGUGGGCCAUAGGAUGCGUUAUGGCGGAGCUCGUGCGGGGCGAGGCGCUCUGGCCGGGGAAGUCGGACGUCGAUCAGCUGUACCUCAUCAGGAAGACUCUAGGUGAUCUGCUCCCGCAACACAUGCAGAUUUUCCGGAACAAUGAGUUUUUCCGCGGCAUGAGCGUGCCCGAACCGGAUACCAGGGAGUCCAUCGAUGCCAAGAUGCCGCGAGACUACCCGCCGGAAGGUCUGGAUUUUAUUAAGAAAUGCAUCGACCGCGACCCGGCCAAGAGAUGGACGUGUGAGCAGCUGCUGACCCACGACUACUUCAAGGGCUACUCCUUCAAGCUCCCGGACCACGAGUUGGAGGAGUUCGAGAGAAUUCGGAGGAACUCUAGCGUGUCGGGCUCCAUGCUGUUCCCGCAGCUGGCCGGCAGCACGCCCGCGGGCGGCGGCUCCCUGUCGACGGCGUCGUCGCCCGACAUGCGCCACCCGCACAACAGAGGCUCGCGCAACUUCGACCACCUGCCCACCAUCUGACAGAAUGGCCUCGGGCUCUACCAGCCUCCAGCCCUGCCGCCCAACGUGGUGCCGACACCCACGCCCCCGCUGGACCCCAAGGGCUCGAACGGCGUGGGCGCGCGGGGAAUCCCGAGGGCCGCAGCCUUCAGUCCGCCCAUGACGCUGGGGGCACGCCAACCCCCGCCCGUGCUGGACACUGCAGACCUGUACGCCAUACUGUACCGCAAAUACAAUUCAUCUUAGGUUUUGAGUGUGUGAAAUAAAAAUAUAUACAUAUCUAUACAUAAACUUGACCAAGCGAACCUCUGAAGUAGCAGUAACCAAUCACACGUCUGACGAAGCGACGGCGCCGCGCCCCAGGGCCGGGGCGCCGCGCCCUGCCUCGGCCCGGAGCGGCGCCCCGCAGCCCGGGAGAGCACGAGUGUCGAGGACUGAGCAACUGGAAGACCCGAGGACUGGCCUGACUCGCUGCCUAAUGUCGCUUGCAUUAGGGAACCUGUAUGAGUUGUCGCCAACGCUUUCCUUUGGACCUUGUGGAGGUUCUCCGUUCUUAGCGUCCUUACGAAAUAGAUUUGCCUGUUUAACUGCAGCAAUGUACCUUUAGGUGAUCACAAUUAGUUAGUGAUAAGGUGAGAUUUUAUUAGAUGUUUUAUUCGAAAAAGGGAGAGACAAAAAGGGAAAUGAUGCAUUCAUGUACAUAAGAAAAUGACCGUCCAAGUCUGUGAUCUGAGAGCUCUACCGCUUCUCAUAGUCUAGGAAAUUGCCUGUAUUAUGUUUUUUUUCGUUUCCUCUAGUGUGUAUGUAGAUAGACCAAAGCAUGCCACAUAAACAUAUUUUCUUAAUGUUUUUCCUUUUUUCUUGCAUGUAUGGAUUCACGUGUCUUGACAGAGAAAGUAUAAUUCAGGGAGUCUUUGUGCUGUGGUGGUGACUGAGACGCUUUGGUGACAAAGCCCAGAAACAAUGUGACACUGAAAGACCCAAACAUGUAUUAUAAUGGGUACAAAUGUAAGAAAUUAUAGGUGAAUUUUCGAUGAAAACUAAGAUUAAAAUUCUUUUGGUGACCAAAUCGUGAAUUGAAUUAUUAUUAUUACUUUUUACAAAUAUUUCUUCACGUGUCACUACGGGUCAAAUAACCAGCUUAACGGCCGAUGGAGGUCAUCUUGAAAAUCACCUUUAAACGACAAAAAAUUCAAAAUAAACAAAAAGGAAACUGGUCUUUAAAACUACUCUAUAAAUAGAGGGUUCAUAUAUAUGUUCAAAGUUUUGCUUU